AUGGCUGCCGAUAUCCCCAAGGUGGUCCCUCUGACUUGCCACGGACAUUCACGUCCGGUGACGCAUUUGAGCUUCUCGUCCACCGUGGAAGAUGACCAGUACUACUUCAUCUCUUCCUGCAAAGACAACAACCCCAUGCUCCGUGAUGGCAUCACGGGAGACUGGAUCGGCACAUUCCUUGGCCACAAAGGCGCCGUAUGGCAAGCAAGGCUUUCGGCCGAUGCCGCCAUUUCCGCAACAGCAGCAGCCGAUUUCUCAGCCAAGGUCUGGGACACCUACACAGGCGAAUGCCUACACACACUGCAACAUGCACACAUCGUGCGAGCAGUAGCAUUCCCCAUCCAAGCCAACCCACAAGUCCUCGCCACAGGCGGCGCAGAGAAGAAGCUGCGCAUUUUCGACCUAGCCGGCGGCGGCGGCAGUAGUAGCAGCAGCUCACCAACCAGCCCGGUGACAGAGAACGCGCCAGCGAGCUAUGAGAUCGGCGCGGGCGUGCACGGCGGCACGAUCAAGUCCAUCGUCUGGAACCAGGAUUACAAUGUCAUCACCACUGCGGCGGAAGACCGUAAGAUUCGCUGGUGGGACCUUCGCUCGCGACGCCCGAUCGUUGAGCAUGCUGUUGAUGGUACGAUCGGUUCCUGUGAGCUGAACAGUCUUGCGACUCGGCCUAAUGAUGCUGGAAUUUUGACUGUUGCUGCUGGGAAGAGUGUUUAUCUGUUUGAUGGUGUGCAGCCGGGUCGAUUGCUUAAGAAGGUCGAUUAUGAGUAUGACGUUGCUAGUGCUGCGGUUAACAGCGAGUCUGGUCGAUUGGUUACGGGAAGCGCGAAUGAUACUUGGGCGCGGGUUUACGAUUUGAAUACAGAUGAGGAGCUCGAGGUGCAAAAGGGUCACCAUGGCCCUAUCUGGUCUAUUUCUUUCUCCCCCGAUGGCAAGCUUUACGGAACGGGUAGCGAGGAUGGAACUAUCAAGUUGUGGAAAGCCUGCCGGGACCCUUACGGGCUGUGGAGGUGA